AUGCAUUUUUCUAGUCUCCUCACAGGACUGUUGACCGUCGCCGCCGUGCAAGGGGCGGCGAUAAGCGCAGACAACCAGCUUAUCAAGCGUGCAGCUCUGACAGAGGUGCAAGACUUUGGCAGCAACCCGUCGGGGAUCAAGAUGUUUAUCUACGUUCCUCAGAAGCUGCAAGCGAAGCCACCAGUCGUGCUGGUGCUUCAUGCAUGCGCAUGGAACGCGAACAAGUUUUUCGCGACUACAAAAUAUGGUCAGCUCGCCGAUCAGCACGGAUAUGUCCUCAUCUAUGGACAAACACCGACAGAUGGUGCAUGCUGGGACGUUUCCUCUAAGCAAUCGUUGACUCACGAUGGUGGCAGCGACAGCACGGGCCUGGCGAACAUGGUGAGGUAUGCAUUAAAGAAGUACAGUGGUGAUGCCAGUAAAGUGUAUGUUACUGGCGAGUCCUCUGGGGCGAUGAUGACACAAGUGAUGUCGGCUGUCUACCCCGACAUCUUCGCAGCAGCAUCCGAAUUCAGUGGCGAACCGGCAGGUUGCUUCUUCACCGGCACUGUCAGAGGAUGGAACAGCCAGUGCGCCGGCGGACAGCUCCACAAAACACCAGCGCAGUGGGCCGAACAGGUUCACGCCAUGUAUCCAGGCUACAGUGGCCAGUACCCAAGAAUGCAGGUCUACCAUGGUGAUGUCGACAAGACACUGAACAUCGCCAGUUUCAACGAGUCGAUCAAGGAGUGGUCUGGUAUCUUUGGAUACUCGGGAAACCCGACUCAGACUCAGAAUAACAAUCCUGGUGCGAAGCUUACGAAGUACAUCUAUGGCGAACGGCUCCAGGGCAUCUGGGGUCAUGGCAUCGGCCACGUUGUUCCUACCAAUGAAACUGAGGCCUUGAAGUGGUUUGGAAUCAUUGUAAAUGUUGCCUCUCAACUCGCACACGAUGUAACUAACAUACAUUUAGUCCUAGCCAUGAGCCCCGAACAUUGGCAUGAGCGCUUGAAGCGAAGGCUGGGGAUACAUGUAAUCGCGGAGAGCAAGAUCAGAGAACCCGUUUCAGCAUGGAUAAAUGAAUAA